GCCCUGGCCUUCUCAUCCCUCGUCAACGGGCACAUGAUGCUCCUCAAUCCAGCUCCUCUCCGCGCCAAAAACAACCCACACUCCAAACAAUCUGCUAUUGACUACUCAUAUACAUCACCUCUUUCCGGUCCAUCUCAAUUUCCCUGCAAAGGCUACUUGGUGGACAUGUCUGAUCCCAGCGGAGCUGGCGCCUCAGUACAGACCUACACUGCUGGUGCUGCCUCCUCAUUUUCGGUAACCGGUGGCGCUACUCACGGUGGAGGGUCUUGCCAAAUCACACUCGCAUAUCCUGCCGAUAACUUCAGGAAAUUUACCGUCAUCCAUAGCUACGAAGGUUCUUGUCCCCUGAGCGAUGGUCAAGAAUUUCCGUUCACAGUACCAGCUGACGCGCCCACUGGCCGCGCUGCUUUCGUCUGGACGUGGUACAACAAGAUCGGUAACCGUGAGAUAUACCAAGAUGCUGCCGCAGUAACAAUCAUAGCAGGCACAGGAAGCACCCCAGACAUUCCCUUCUCGGAAAGACCUGAUAUUUUCGUCGCCAAUAUGGGGUCUUGCACCACCAUAGAAGGCACAGAAGUUAUCUUCCCGGACCCAGGACCUGAUGUCACUCGCAUGUUAUCAAACACGAUGGCUAGCACCAUGUCCAGUACCAUCAAAGGAGUCUGCUUACCAGUAAACGGCAUUGGGAACUCUGGAGGCUCCAACGGAAAUGCAGGACCGGGUGUUGCUUCAUCAAGUUUGAGCAUGCCGCCUCCUACCCAAGCGACUGCUACCCUAGCAAGCAGCGCAAGCUUCUUCACUGCUUUGCCAACCUCUGCA